AUGUCCGAGGAGUUUCAGCAGGGCCAGAUGUCGGCCGCGGAGUACUCGCCCAGGAGCCCGGGGGAUGAAGUUGGGGAGUCCAUCGCCCUGAUCCAAUCCGUGGCCAAGGGGUUGGAACCUGCCCAGCAGCUGCAGCUGUGGCAGGAUGUGGGCUAUGCUGCGUUGAGCGACGCCGUCAACAUCUCUGUGACCAAUUGCUCGCAGGACUGUGGAUCCAAUGGGGCGUGCUCGGCUUCAAACUAUGUUGUUAUGGCUGGGAGUACUGUGUUGGUGACGAAUGCGACCCGUGACACGCCAGUCUCCAGUGGGCAGAGAUUGGUCGAGGUGCAAAGUUGGACGCGCUGUGCCUGCAAUGCUGGCUGGCAGGGAGAGGCAUGUGAGCUUCGGACCUUCGAGGCCCAGUCCCAGCAGCUCCUCACCGGGGCCGUGGUGGAGGCCCUUCGUGGCCUCCUCAGCUCUCCGCUGCAGCUGCAGGUCCUCGGAAUGACUUAUCAGCAAGGAGCAUUGGCUAGGCUGAUGAAGCUGCUGGGACGUAUCUGCGAGGACUGUCGGCGAGUCUCCUUGAACGUUCUCGCAUCCCUCACCGGGCUCGCAGCAGGCCUUGCCGGAAUGUUGCCCAAGUCGGCGCUCCGGGUCGCUGCUACGGAGACGGCGGCCCUGAUGUCGCAGAUCUACGCCUGCAUUCCUUCCGAGGCUCCCAUGGACUCCAUGGCGGAGAUGCCAGCACCUGCGACCGUGUUGCUCACGGCCUUGGGCAGCUCGGAGGUUUGCCGGAGGAUCACUGGCACAAACACGACCGUUUGCUACGAUCUCGCAAGUUCGGAGGUGCGCAUGACGUGCACCCUGCUUGAGAGAGAGUACCAGGCUGACAUCUACCUGAACCCAACGGCCUCCACCAGCUCGCAGGUCAGCUGCCGCGCCAACUUGAACCUGGGCCUUUCAGACCCCUAUCCAUGUCCAUGUUCGGUGCCUGAUGGCACCUUCCUGGGCUUUGGGCGAUCUGGACAUGAGCCGCCGCUCAGUGAGACCCUGGGAGUGAGGAACGAGAAGGACAUCCUGUGGCGAGAGCUGCUGAAGCUGUUCUGGAACAGCACCAAGUACGGCGGAAACGGGAGCUCCAUUCGUGUUCCGCAACCCGGCCCAGCCUUGGCGGCGGCGCUGUGGCUGGAGGAAACGGGUGCUCCGGCCAGCGAGGUUUCAGCCGCCCUUGCGCAGGCUGAGCACUGGCGUUUGGUGCAGCAGGCCGUGAUCUAUAGAUUCUCUGUUGACCCUAUCCAGCGGCGUUUGAUUCUUAUUGCUUGGCUCAGGGGACCUUAG